GUACUCGCUUUUGAUUACAACCCGUUCGUACUGAGUGAUAUCGUUGUUUCUUAAUGUACAAUUUGGCUGUUACUCAUAUUUCGUCUCGUAUUAAUUUGGUUAUUUUUUUGUAUAAUUUAGAUGAUUAAAGUGUUUAAGUGUUUGUCAUAUAAAAUAUAAAUUAUUCUCAUUAGUUUUUUGAUUUGUUCAAUUUUUUGUAUUAUUAAUUUAAUGCCUAAUUAAAUGUGAUGUUCAUACUUGUGACCAAAAGAUGAAUAGUCGACCGUCUUAUUAUCAUAACCCAUCAUUGUUUUCUAAUAAUUCUCUAGCUAUAUGUAAAGAAAUUCAACGAUUUGAAAGCGUUCAUCCGUCUAUCUAUGCCAUAUAUGAUUUAAUUGAUCUCAUACCAGACCCUAUUGUCGCUCAACAGAUCCGUGAUCAUGUAGUUUGCAUAGAAGAUUCAUUCGUGAAUAGUCAAGAAUGGACCUUGGCCAGGACUGUACCAGACUUACGUUUGGGCAUCGUCGGAUCGCUUUCAUCUGGAAAAUCGGCUUUAGUCCACAGGUAUUUAACCGGAUCGUACAUGCAAGAGGAAAGCCCCGAGGGCGGCCGAUUUAAGAAAGAAAUAUCUGUGGACGGCCAUAGUCACCUACUAUUAAUACGAGACGAAGGGGGUUCACCCGAACUUCAGUUUACCGCGUGGGUGGACGCUGUCAUAUUCGUUUUUAGCUUGGAGAGCGAGACCAGUUUCAAUGCGGUUUAUGGUUAUUACACAAAAAUGGCACAUUACCGCAAUUCAGCUGAAAUACCUUUGAUUUUAGUCGGCACUCAGGGUAAGUACAAAAAUCACUAUAUUUUUUUACUUAGCUACUAGCUAUAUAAAAAAAAUUAUUUUUUUCUUGU